AGAAUAACCAUUGAGAAGAGAUUGAAUGAAAUGAUAGUUAGUGAAUCGGGUGAUGACUUGUGUCUUAUUUGUUUCAACGCUGUACCCAAAGGAAAUAGUGAACAACACAAGGGUUCAGCGCAGCAUGCUCACUCACUCGGCCAUUAUCAAACAAUUCUGGAGAUGAUGAACGUGGUCAAGAAACUAUACAAUCCUGACACCCAAGAGGAGGCAUUCAAACUUGCUGAAGCUUAUGAAGACAAGUUAAAAGUAGACUGUACUACUCAGCAUUGUAGUUUAUGUAAGGAAUAUUACGCUGACAUGACACGUGGUAAACAUUUAAAAGAUGCCAUGCACUGCAGAUUGAUGAGACUGGCUAUCACAGUUGUUGGAGUCAGCAAGGCUAUAAAAGAACAAAAUUCAAAGAACUUACAGCAAUUUAUCCAGAUCCAUGAGGGUAGACUGUUUGGCAAAAAAGAACCAUCUUCUUUCUGUGAAAUAUGUCAAAGAAUUGUAUACCCACCUUAUCUUGCACAUGGAUUUACAAAGCUACAUAACUACAAUGUCUAUAACUUGGAAGAAUUAGUUAUUUGUCUUCAUCCACUAAAAACAUAUAUAAAUGAAUCGAUGGAUUCUGAGUAGAACCCAGCUAA